AUGCUAACAGUGAGAGAGAGACCCAAGCCUGCGUUGCAUGUUGAUCCUGAUGAACAUGUGUUCAGAGGACAGACGGUCAUUCUCACAUGUGACAUACAGGAGACAGACGUCAGCAGCUGGAGCUACAUCUGGAGUAAAGAUGAUUCAGAGAUUGAUGUCAGUCAGUCACAGGAAUACAGAAUCAGUUCUGUUAAUGAAUCUCACACGGGUCGUUACAGCUGUACUGGAAGAGAAACAGGAGGAUCACGAUCCUCACACACCAGUGACACAGUUACACUCACCGUAUCAGACAAACCCAAAGUAAGUGUAAAGCCGAGUUCAGUGUUCACUGGAGACACAGUUACUCUGAGCUGUGAUGUGGGACAGUCAACGGGACGAACGAUUGUCUGGUACAAAAACUCUAAGAUAAUAGAAACUGGUGAUCAAACAAUAACACUGAGAAAUGUGAGAGUCUCUGAUGGAGGACAAUAUAAAUGUGCUGUAUAUAAAGAGACCACACAAAGCAAACCAGUCAUGCUAACAGUGACAGAGAGACCCAAGCCUGCGUUGCGUGUUGAUCCUGAUGAACAUGUGUUCAGAGGACAGACGGUCAAUCUCACAUGUGACAUACAGGAGACAGACGUCAGCAGCUGGAGCUACAUCUGGAGUAAAGAUGAUUCAGAGAUUGAUGUCAGUCAGUCACAGGAAUACAGAAUCAGUUCUGUUAAUGAAUCUCACACGGGUCGUUACAGCUGUACUGGAAGAGAAACAGGAGGAUCACGAUCCUCACACACCAGUGACACAGUUACACUCACCGUAUCAGACGAGGCUCCAUCCCCGGUUUUCUCAUUUCUCAAACUGCUCAGUUCUCUGCUGGCAGCUUCUCCAUAUCUGCUAGUGUCCAUCAUACUGGGAGUCAAGUGCUACAGAGCUCAUGUUCAGUCUGAUGAGUCUGUUGAGAUCAAAUAUACUGUUACAGAGGAGUGAAAGUCUGCAGUCCUGAUCAACACUAUGUUUGUCUCUUUUUAAACAUGUUUCAGUUAAAUUUAGC